CCGGACCCGGUUUUGCUACCCGGAGACCUACGGCAUAGUUUACCUAGCGUACCUACUACCGAUCUCAUCACAACCGCCAAGCCUCAUCCUACUAUACUUUCACUUUCAUCUCUCGGCUAACACGCCAUUACCAAUCUCAAAAGUUGGCUUAUUGAUCUCUUUUAAACUGUUUACUUAUUCCCGAUCAGUUCACACUUUUACGCAGCUCAUUUUGUGAAGCAUACAUCCAUCAGCGCGUUAAAGCCAUCUUGAAGGAGUGAGAACAAUCCUGUUACAAUGCAACCAUUUCUGAUCUUAGCCUCGUUAUCCGUUAUAAUUCUGUGUGGCUCAUUUUUCAUCGCGGAUGGAGACUUCGCACCAGAUAAUUGCCCUCUCCGCGCAGUGGUUGUUUUAAAGGAGGAUGGAGUUGGAGCAAAAUGUUAUGGAUACGUGGAAUUUUGCCAAAGCUACCAGUCUUACGAGCCAGUUUUCAUGCAACUAAAUAUUUAUGGUCUCUCACCUGGACUCCACGGGAUGCAUGUUCAUGAGAAGGGAGAUUUGAGGCAAGGCUGCAACUCCACCGGUGGCCAUUUCAACCCAUUCAAUAACAAACACGGAGACCGUAACGCGCAGUUCCGUCACCUGGGGGACCUGGGGAACAUCGUGGCGGACGGGUCGGGGCGCGCGGUCUACCAGCUGGACGACCGUCUCAUCUCCCUCCACGGGGACUACAGCAUCCUCGGCCGGGCCCUCGUCAUCCACGAAAAGGAAGACGAUCUCGGUCUCGGCGGGAACCUAGAAAGUCUCAAGACGGGCAAUGCUGGACGAAGAGUCGCCUGCGGCAUCAUCGGCAAGCUAUAAAUCUUCCGCUCCUCUUCUGCCGUGCCCAGGAAAAAAAGACAUGAGAACAUUCGGACGUUGCCAGAUAUUCUUCAUAAAAACACAUUUUUGGAUAAUUGGACGUAUUUCUAUCAAACGGAACUAAGCGCCAUAGGGGGAGG